UACUUCCCUUCUUCCCCCCCUCCAAAUAAAACAGAGAGUUUUCUGUCCUGGCCUCUCUCGCUACUCCCCUCUCUCUCUCUUCUACUCUGCUAUCUUCUUCUCUGGGUUUGAGGAGCAAUGGACACGUACGCGCUCCACCUUGCCAUGGCGGCGCUGGUGGGUGCCUCCUUCGUGGCCGUCUCGGCCUACUACAUGCACCGGAAAACCCUAAGCCAGUUGCUGGAGUUCGCGCGGGCGGUGGAGCGCGAACGGGCCGCCGCUGGAGGUGGCAACGAGGACGGCGGAGUUGAGAGGGACGGCGAGACCUACCGGAGGUCGUCCCUGCGGCGGGGCCACCAGUCGCACUCCCGCCGGAAGGGGGCGGGGUACUAUCGCCGCGGCGGCGGGUCGGUGUCGCUGCCGGACGUCAUACUGGCGGCCGAGGUCGACGGGGAGGAGGAGGAUGAGGGGGAACAGCAGAUGCGGCUGGCGAUGAACGGGCCGUUGUUGGCGGCGGUGACCGCUGAAGAGGACCACCGGAGCCUGCCAAUCCCCCCCGGCCUGCCUCGGCUCCACACGGUCCCGGAAGGUGGUAAGCAAUCCCUUCAUGUGGGUUCAAAUAAAAAAGCUGGACAUACCAUAUCAACUUCUCCCAGGUCUCCUGUUGCUAGUGGCAGUGCCUUUGAGAGCGUGGAGGGGUCGGAUGAAGAAGAUAAUCUGCGCAGUGAUUCUAAACUUGACAAUACCUACUUGCACACAAAUGGAGACAUUGGACCAGAGCAUAAAAGCAUUUAUCAAGCUAUGCCUAAUCAAAUCACCGACAAUGGGGAUUCAAAGCCAUUACCUGCAGCUAGCAUGAUUCGAUCUCAUAGUGUAUCUGGUAAUAUGCAUGGUGCCCAGCCUGAUCCAGUAGCAGCAGAUAUUCUUAGAAAAGAGCCUGAACAAGAAACGUUUGUCAGACUGAAAAUUACACCUGGUGAGACACCAAGUGCGGAUGAAGCUGAGGUCUACAAAAUUCUUCAGAAAUGUCUGGAGUUGCGAGAAAGUUAUGUCUUCCGAGAAGAGGUUGCUCCUUGGGAGAAGGAAGUUAUAACUGACCCCAGUACACCAAAGCCUAAUCCUAAUCCGUUUGCCUAUACACCUGAAGAGAAAACAGAUCAUUUCUUCCAAAUGGUAGAUGGGGUCGUUCAUGUAUAUGCGGAUAAGGACUUAACAGAAAGACUUUUCCCUGUGGCUGAUGCUACAACAUUUUUUACGGAUUUGCAUUAUAUUCUCCGAGUAAUAGCAGCCGGAAAUAUCAGAACUUUAUGCCAUCACAGAUUAGGUCUUCUAGAGCAAAGGUUUAAUUUACACUUAACGCUUAAUGCGGAUAAAGAGUUUCUUGCUCAAAAAAGUGCACCGCAUCGUGAUUUUUAUAAUGUCAGGAAGGUCGACACUCAUGUUCAUCACUCAGCAUGCAUGAAUCAGAAACAUCUGUUGAGAUUUAUAAAGUCUAAGUUGAGGAAGGAACCUGAUGAGGUUGUAAUCUUUAGGGAUGGCACAUAUAUGACUCUGAAAGAGGUUUUCGAGAGUUUGGACUUGACCGGGUAUGAUCUCAAUGUCGAUCUGUUAGAUGUCCAUGCUGACAAGAGCACUUUUCAUCGCUUUGACAAGUUUAAUCUCAAGUACAAUCCUUGUGGCCAGAGUAGACUGAGGGAGAUUUUUCUUAAGCAAGAUAAUCUCAUCCAAGGCCGCUUCCUUGCUGAGCUAACGAAACAAGUGUUUUCUGAUCUUGCUGCAAGUAAAUACCAGAUGGCUGAGUAUAGGCUGUCAAUAUAUGGAAGGAAACAAAGUGAGUGGGAUCAACUUGCAAGUUGGAUAGUGAAUAAUGAGUUGUAUAGCGAAAAUGUUGUUUGGUUGAUUCAGAUUCCACGGCUAUAUAAUGUAUACAAGGAAAUGGGUAUAGUUACAUCAUUCCAGAACAUUCUUGACAAUAUUUUCCUUCCCCUGUUUGAGGUCACUGUGGACCCGGAAUCACAUCCUCAGUUGCAUGUUUUCUUAAAACAGAUUGUGGGAUUGGAUUUGGUGGAUGAUGAAAGUAAACCUGAAAGACGGCCAACAAAGCACAUGCCCACACCAGCUCAAUGGACCAAUGUCUUUAAUCCUGCAUUCUCUUAUUAUGUCUACUAUUGUUAUGCCAACCUAUACACACUGAACAAGCUUCGUGAGUUAAAGGGCAUGACAACUAUCAAAUUUCGUCCCCAUGCUGGAGAGGCUGGUGAUAUUGACCACCUUGCUGCAACAUUUCUUGUUGCUCAUAAUAUUGCUCAUGGAAUCAACUUAAGAAAAUCCCCGGUUCUUCAAUACUUGUAUUAUCUUGCUCAG